AUGGCUUUCCACGCGGAGCACCAGCACUUGCUGCAUUCGCAGCAGCAGCAGCAGCAGCUGCUGCAGCAGGGGGACACCUGCAUGGUCCUGCACGACAAAUCGGCAGCAGCAGCAGCAGCAGCAGUGGCAGCAGCAGCAGCUCCUGCUGCUGCUGCGUCGCACAGCGCGCCCGCCAUGCCCGAGGUAGCAGCAGGGUCGGCAUUUGCUGCUGCAGUCCCAGCAGCAGCAGCAGCAGCAGCAAAAGCAGCAGGAGAAACAGCAGCAUUGCAUGCAGCCCUAGAGCAGCGUUUUGCUGCUCUUUACAAAUUGGCAGACCUUCCAACGGCACUGCAGCAAAGCGCAGACUGCUGGUCUUUGGGUGCUUGCAUUUUCAACAUUGUGAGUGGCGGUUUGCAUCCCUACGGGCCAAUCGACAACCCAAAGGAAACCCUUUCCAAUAUGGAGAAGGGAGACAUGGUCAACAUCAAGCUUCUUGACAAGUCCCCGCUGCUGCAGGAUUUGCUGCUGCUGCUGCUGCAGCCACCGCAGCAGCAGCAGCAGCCAGUGCUUCGCCUGGCUGUGUGCCAUCCUGUGUUUUGGGCAGCUUCGGACAUGCUGCUGUUUCUCCGGGCGUUUAAGCUCAUGCUGCAGCAGCAGCAGCAGCUGCAGCAGCAGCAGCAGCAGCAGCAGAUCGACGCCGAAUCUGCAGCAGCUUUUGGCUCAGCACAGGGUAGCAAUUCUAUGCAAAGCAGCAGCAGCAGCAGCAGCGAGAAGCGGCUGUGUGCGCCAGAGUUGGAAAUCCCCGCAGCAGCAGCACCAGCAGCAGCAGCAGCAGCAGCAGCAGCAGCAGCAGCACCAGCAGCAGCAACAGGGCAGCUGCAUGCAGCGCUGGCGAAGCUGGAAGCAACAGCUCUUCCUCUUGAUGUUUUAAAUUCACUUUGCGAAGAGCCCUUUUUAAGAAAAACUGGCAGGGCCUUGUUUCCCCAGUACAGCGAGCUAUUCGCCGAGCCCAAAACAGCAGCCGCACCAGCUGCAGCAGCAACAGAAGCUGCAGCAGCACCUGCUGCAGCAGCAGCAGAAGCAGCGAAGAAGCCUAAGGAUGCUGCUUCCGACGCCAUUGUUGCUGCUGCAUGCAGCAGCAGCAGCAACAGCACCGAGGGAACAGUGCAAGACACAGAAGGCAGCACGCCCUUAGCAGCAGCAGCAGAAGUCAGUGCAGCAGCUGCUGCUUCUCCUUUAGCAGAAACUGCGGAUGCAGCAGCAGCAGCAGCAGCAGCUUCUGGUGCUGCUGCUGCUGCUGCCUCUCCAGCAGAAGCUCAAACUGCUGCUGAUACACCACAAACCCCGAAGGUUGUGAGCAGCCAGUCUGCAGCAGCUGCAGCAACAGCAGCAGCAGCAGAACAAGCAGCAACUGCAGCAGAUGCUGCUUCGAAGGCUACAACAACAGCAGCAGCAGAACCCACUGAAGCACAACCUCUUGCAGCAGCAGCAGCAGCAGCAGCAGCAGCAGCAGAGCCAGUUUUUUCUGUUUUGGACUUCCUGAAACUGCUGGCCACAUUCGCUAGCGACACAGCUGAACUCGACGAAGAGCACCGCAGCAAAGUUCUCGUGCGGCUGCUGCAGCAGCACCCGCAGCUGCUGCUGGCAGCAGCAAGAUCUGGCUUAGAGCCUCUCUUUUUGGUUGCCUUCCCCCCGAUAAGGGAUCCUGCUGCUGCAGCAGGGAAGCAGGAGGCAGCAGCAGCAGCCGCUGCUGCUGCUGCUGCUGCUGCUGCAGCGAAGACGAACACCGGCUUUGCAAAUGAGAAGCCGGAGCUAGACAGACAGGGGCAGCAGCAGCAGCUGCUGCUGCAGCAGCAGCAGCAGCAGCAGCACGUCUCCAGCGACAUGCAGCGCGAUGACGCCUCUGCAGCAGCAGCAGCAGCAGCAACAGCUGCUGCUCCUGCUGCAGUGUCACCAGAAUUUAAGCAGCAGCUGCUGCAGAUCCAGAAGCAAAUUGACAACAGAGUGCAUGCAGACAUUAAGGAGCACGUGCUGCAGCACGUGUUGGAGCAAGCCUCAGACCAGCAGCAGCAGCAGCAGCAGCAGCAGCAGCAGCGAGAAGCACAGGAGACACCGAAGCAGCAGCUGAUAGAGAGCGUCCGGGCCUGUGCCCCUCCAGAGCUGCAGCAGCACAAAAGCCAUAGUGCUGCUUCGCAGCUGCAGCAGCUGCAGGAGCAGCAGCUGCUGCUUCAGCAGCAGCAGGAGGAGCACGAGCAACGCCGUCGCCAGCUUGAGCUGUUGGAGCAGCAGCAGCAGCAGCAGCAGCAACACCAACAGCAGCAGCAGCAGCAGCAGCAGUGGCAAGAAGCCUUGCUGCAAAGGCUGCUGCGCGCUAUAGGCCCAGCAGCAGCAGAUAGAGAGACAGUGCUGCAGCAGCUGCAGCAGCUGAUGAGCCUCGUGCAGCCGCAGGCGCCAGCAGCAGAAGCAGCAGCAGCAGCAGCAGCAGCAGCAGCAGCACCAGCAGCAGCAACUUAUCCGGCUCAAAGAGGGACUUCGCAACUCGAUGCGCCGCUGCAUGCAGCAGCAGAAUACGCGGAGCCUUUUCUGCAGCAGCAGAAUCUGGUUGCUGCAGCAGCCAGCAGCGAGCCACUGAAUCAGCAGCAGCUGCAGCAGCAGCAGCUUCUUCAGCAGCAGCAACUACUUGAGCAGCGGCUGCUGCCGCAGCAGCAGCAGGGAAGCCAUCUCACGGCCGCUGAAGGCGUGAUAGCGUUGGAUCAGCAGCAGCAGCAGCAGCAGCAGCAGCAGCAGCAGCAGCAGCAGCAGCAGCAGCAAGGAGCAGUUUACAGCCCCUACGACCUUUUGGCAGUUAGGCCCAGCAGCAUGCAGCAAUUUAUUGCUGCUGGGGCCCCCCCUUUGCUGCCGCACGGCACGCUUAUGCUAGUCAGCAGCAGCAGCAGCAGCAGCAGCAGCAGCAACAGCCCAGAGAAGGAAUACUCAGUCAAGGGCUCAAAGCGGCAGCAGCACCAGCUGCAGCAGCCGCUGCAGGUGCAGCAGCAGCAGCAGCGGCCAAGGCACAAGCAGCUCAAUGAGCUGUUGCUGCAGCCGCUGCAGUACCUGAGGCAGCAGCAGCUGCUGCGCCUGCAGCAGCAGCAGCAGCAGCUUCGCGCUCCCAACACAAGCCAGCAAGAGGGGAUGUGGCAGCAGCAGCUGCUGCAGCAGCAGCAGCUGCAGCAGCAGCAGCAGCCUUACUCUGCCAACAACAGCAAAGCAGCUAAAAGGAAGCAACUUGACGCAGCAGCACAGCUGCUCAAUGUAAAAGGGAAUGAAACAGAUAUUAGUUAUCUGCUGCAAGCUGUUGCUGCUGCUGCUGCUGCUGCCCUCAGCAGCAGCAGCGUGAAGGACCCCAAGGCGCAGUCUCUGUGGGCAGUCGAGCAGCAACUCACAGCCUUGCUGCAGCGGCUGCUGCUACAGUACAAGCAGCAGCAGCAGCAGCAGCAAGAAGGGCCUGCUGCGAACCAGCAUUUGCGGCAGCAGCAACCGCAGCAGCAGCAGCAGCAGCAGCACAUGUUGGGCAAGCACGACACCAAACGGCCUGUGCAGCAGCAAGCUGUACCAACAGCGGAAGCAGCAGCAGCAGCAGCAGCAGCACCAGCCGCAGAUUGUUUCAGCUCCAUAGGGGCGGCUCCUGCAGCAGCAGCAGCAGCAACAGCAGCAGCAGCAGCAAACAGUAAGAGCAGCGAAGGCUUCACUUGCGCCCAGCAGCUGCGGCUGGAAAUUGAGGGCCCCGCAUGCACUGCUGCUGCCGACCCCACAGCAGCAGCAGCAGCAGCUGCUGCUGCUGCUGCAGGUGUUGCUGCUGGAGAACAGCGCGUGUUGCUGCAGUAUGUGCAGCAGCAGCAGCAGCAGCAGCAGCACCCCAUUUCUGGGGCUGGCGCACAGGAAUUUCAGCAGCCGAUCCGCGGGCAGCAGCUAAAGAAGCAGCAGCAGCAGCAGCAGCAGCAGCAGUACCAGCAAGACCAGCAGCGCAUGCAGCAGCAAACACCAGAAGUGUUAGAGCAGCGGCUGCUGCAGCUGCUGCUAAGCGUGCCUGCAGCAGCAGGUGUCCGUCACGAGGAGCUGCUGCUGCAGCUGAGGAAGCAAGAGCAGCAGCGGCUGCUGCCGCAGAAGCCAACUCAGCAGCAGCAGCAGCAGCAGCAGCAGCAGCAGCAGGAUCUGGGUUGGUCUCCAGAGGAGAGAGAAGCUGUGCUGAAGGCGCAGCAGCAAGUGCUGCUGCUGCUGCUGCAGGACCCGGCGCUGCUGCAGGCAGCAAGGGCCAAAAAAGAGCUGGAGGGGAGCUGGCUGUGGAGGCAGCAGCAUCUUGCUGCUGCUCGUGCUGCAGUGCAGCAGCUGCAGCAGCAGAUAGCAGCAGAGAUGCAGCAAGCAGCUGUGGGCUGCGCAGAUGGGCGGCGCCUCGUGCUGCUGCAGCAGCAACUGCUGCUGCAGCUCCAGCUGCUGCAGCAGCUGCAGCAAGAGGCAGCUGCGGCUUCUUCGAAGCCAGAGGCCUUCACGGAGUAUGAGAAGGCGCAGCAGCGGCAGCUUCUAGCUCUGCUGCGUCAGCAGCAGCAGCAGCAGCAGCAGCAGCAGCAGCAGCAGCAAAAUAACCAGCAGCAGCAGCAACAGCCUCCCUUAAUUAAACCUUGCACUUCAGUUUUUGCUGGAGAGUUUGCUGCUGAAGCAGAGCUGCGGCUGCGGCGCCUAAUGAGGGAGGCAGUGUCAGCAGCAGGGUCAGCAGCAGGAGCAGCAGGAGCAGCAGCAGCAGCAGCAGCAGCAGCAGCAAGCUCGUGGCCUCUCAGGUGGCAUGCGCAGGCCAGCGACGCAGCUUUUGCUGCCUGGCUGACUGAGAUGCUGCUGCAGCAGCAGCACGCGCAGCAGCAAAUGCGACUGCAAGAGCAGCAACAACCGCAGCAACAGCAGCAGCAACAGCAGCAACAGCAGCAACACCUGCAGCAACAGCAUUUACAACGGCAGCACUUGCAGCAGCAGGAGUUGAAGCAGCAGCAGAUGCAGCAGCAACUGCAGCAACUGCACAACGUGCAGCAUCAACAGCUGCCCCCGCAGCAUGCUCAGCAGCCCCAGCGCAUGCAGCAACAGCAAGUGCAGCAACACCAGCAGCAGCAGCAGCAGCAGCAGCAGCAACAGGAGCAGCAGCUCUUGCAAAGUGCUGCUGCAUUUCCUCCCAUGGAUAUCUCCAUAUGCGCGGACUUUCAAACCCAUGAGGGUCUUUCUGCUGGAUCAGCAGCAGCAGCAUCAGCAGCAGCAGCAGCAGCAGCAGCAGCUGCUGCAGCAAGGCCUAACGAAGCAUUGCCGCACCGCAACCCCACAGAUGCAGUGCAGCGGCUGCUGCAGCACCAGCAGCAGCAGCAGCAGCUUCGAAACACUUUAGCUGUAAAGCCAAACCUCAGGCAUUUGGUAGUCACCGCAAGCGACCCUUUGCAGCAGCAGCAGCAACAGCAGCAGCAGCAGCAGCUGGAGCACUUGCUCCUUUUGCAGCAGCAGCAGCAGCAACAGCAACAGCAGCAGCAGCAAGAAACAACAUGCGACGAAACUGGUGCCCUGUCAAGCUCUUUACCAAACGAUCAACAGCAGCAUUUGCUGCAACAGCAACAGCAGCAGCAGCUGCUGCUGCAGCAGCAGCAGCUGGAACAGCAGCAGCUGCAGCAGCAGCUGCUCCAGCAGCAGCAGCAGCACCAGCUGCUCCAGCAACAACAGCAGCCGCAGACUGUGCGACCGCUGCCGCAGCAAGUGCAGCCUCAUCAGCAGCAGCAGCAAAGACAGGCCAGGCAGCAGCAACCGCAGCCGCAGCAACAGCCACAGACACAGCAGCAGCAGCAGCAGCGACAGCAGCAGCAGCAGAAGUCUCAAACCAGAAAGCCUCGCCGCAGGUCUCCUCAAGGGCCAAUGCCGUCUAAGGAGGGCCCAGCAGCCCGCAGCAGCAAACAGCAGCAGCACGAGCAGCAGCAGCAGCAGCAGCAGCAGCAGCAGCAGCAGUCGUCGAGCCAGCUGCAGCAGCAGCAGCAGCAGCAGCAGUCGUCGAGCCAGCUGCAGCAGCAGCAGACGCCGCAGCAGGAGGCGCCGCAGCAGCAGGCGCCGCAGCAGCAGGGGAUGCCGCAGCAGCAGGUGCAGCAGCAGCCGCAGCAGCAGCAGGAGCCACAGCAGCAGCAGCAGCCGCAGCAGCAGGAGCAAAACAACCAGGCUAAUGCUGCACUGCAGAAACAGCAGCAGCAAGGGUCUCCCAGCGUGGCAGCACGCGCAAAGCAGCAGCAGCAGCAGCAGCAGCAGCAGCUGCUGCUGCUGCACGAACAGCAGCAGCCAUCCACGAAGGCAUCUCCUACGUCUGGGUCGGAGCAGCAGCAAGCAGGAGAAAGGGUCUUAGCCACAGCUUCGAUGCCAGCAGCAGCAGCAGCAGCAGCAGCAGAACCAGAAUCGGCAGCAUCAGCAGCAGCAGCAGCUGCUGCUGCUGCAGUAGCAGCAGCAGCAAGUCCUCCAGCAACGGGCAGCGCCCCGGCGUCGGCGUCGCAGAAGCAGCAGCCGCAGCAGCGCACCAAGCAAAAGCAGCAGCAGCAGCAGCAACAGCAGCAGCAGCAGCAGCAGCAGCAGCAGCAGCAGCAGAGGGCUGAAAGAUACGGCAAAGCCAGACUCAAGCAGCCAGUCAGCAGCCGCAUGCGGCUCUCGUGGCAGCGGACCCCCAAGACAAAGCCUGCUGCAGCACGGCAGCAGCAGCAGCAGCAGCAGCAGCAGCAGCAGCAGCCGCAGCAGCAACAGCAGCAGCAGCCGCAGACGCAGCAGCAGGCUGCGAAAUGA